AUGUCAUUUUUUGGGUUUGAUCCUACUGCUCCUCCACAGCAGCAGCAACAACAACAACAAGGUGGGCAAAAGAAGGAUGAAGUUUAUGAUUUUGAAAAUACCUAUGAUGGUUUAGGUGAAUUGGAAGAAGAUGAUGCUUUAAAUUCAGAAACUUUUGGUACUAGUACUCAAGAAAUUAGAAAAGAUUUUGAUUUUGGUCAUGGUAACUCUAAAGAACCUACUCCUCAAGCCAGUAAUGCUCCUGUUUCUACCAUUCCUCAAGGAAUCAGUUAUGCUCAAGCAGCCGCACAACCAGGUAAUGAUGAUGAAUUUAUGGAAGAUUUAUGGGGAUCAUCUAAUGCCCCAGGCAAGCAACAACAAGAAAAUGCUGGUAAUGGUAAAAAUGAAAAGAAGAUUUUAUCAUUAGAAGAAAUUGAAGCUCAAUUAACUGCAAUUGAUCAAUCUCAACAACAACCACAACAAGCAAUUCCACCUCCUCAACAACAGCAACAAUUUCCACCUCAACCUUAUGGAAUGCCAGGUAUGAUGCCACCUCCACCUCAAUUUGGUUACAUGAUGGCACCAGGGUUCAUUCCACCGCAGUAUGGUUACCCAGGUAUGAUUCCACAACAAAUGCCACCAAUGCCACCUCAGCAACAACAAGGUCAAGGUCAACAAGUUCCACCAGCACCUCAACAACAACAAGUUCAACAACUGCAAGUUCAACAACAACAAGCACCUCAAGUUGGUGAACAAGGUAAGAGUUCUCCUUCACCUGCACAACCACAAAGAAACCGCAAAAGGUUGAUUUAUCUCAGUUCCCAGUAUUGGGUUCUAAAGAGGCUCAGCAACAGCAACAACAACAAAGUCAACAACAACAAAACCAACAACACCAUCAAAAUCAAUACCAUAACCAUAAUUAUCAACAGCAACAACAUCAUCAUCAACAGCAACAGCAACAAUAUUAUGGUGGACAUGGUCAUUACCGUCAACCACUGGAAGAAUUGA